AUGAUUUGGUUCAACCUUUUGGCACUUUGUCCCGUCAUUGGCGCGGCAACUGCCACUAAUCAUCCUCCUGGAAAGCGCGGCCUGGCUAGCAACGACGGCCUUGAUCUUUCCGGGUUCGAAAACACACCUCAUGGAGGCCAGAGCAAGGUGCGCUGGCAGUACAACUGGGACAGCGACAUUGGCGACAACAAGAUUAGCUUUGCCGAGUAUGUCCCCAUGCUUCACAGUCUCCGCCACGGCCACGAGAUUGUCUGGAACGACCGCGUCAACAAGUGGCUGACCCAGGGAACCGCCCAUCUACUUGCAUUCAAUGAGCCUGAGCGACCGUUGCCCCAGGCCGCCAUGACCGUUGGCGAAGCCGUCGAUGCCUGGUGGCGGUACAUGGAGCCAUACGCCGGUCGUGCGAGGCUUGGUGCUCCUGCCGUCUCCAACGACGGCUGGGACUGGAUCACAAAGUUUCUCAACGAAUGCCAGGGCUGCCAUGUUGACUAUAUCCCCGUCCACUGGUACAAUCCAAACUCUCUCGAGCACGACUUUGAGAACUGGGUCAACCAAAUUUGCACCCUCGGACGGCCUGUGUGGGUUACAGAGUUCAAGGGACAAGAAGGAUCAAGCCAAGAUGAAAUUGUUUUUCUUCAGAAAGCCAUGGCGUUUCUCGAGGGCAACCCCUGCGUUGAACGCUACGCGUACUUUGGCACGGCUAAUAAUGACCUAUCUCUUUUGUCAAACGAGCACAGCCAUCUCUCCGAACUUGGCAGCCACUACGCUUCGGACUAA